GUUGGAGCAGCUCAUCAGUGACUGCCACACUCUGACUACGGAGCUGGCCAGCCCCACUCUUCUUACCAUGGAAAUAGACCUUGGUCACCGCCACAGCCUGCUCUUAGUUGUGAAAGGUAGAGGUCAGGAACUUCAGGAGAUGUUAAAUUCCUGAGAGAGGGGUAAAGCCUCACCAGCAUUCAUGAGGUCAAGAAAACUUUCAGUAUUCCUUGUGAAGCAUCUUCCUUCAAAUUGUUUCUGGCCUUUUUCCAUGCAGGUGAUAGGGAAUACUCCAGCAAGAGAUGAACAUAAUUCAGUAAAGCUGUAUUGAGUACCUACUGUGUGACAGGCAUUGUGUCCGAGGGCAAGGGUUAAACUUAAAUUAGCCAGGCAAAGACAGGGAUAGGGGUAUCCAGGCAAAGAACAAGAGACCUGCACUUGUUUCGGAUAUAAAAUGGAGGGCUGCCUAUAAAGAGAAGGAGAGAUGGCUUCAGACAUCAGAAGGACGCAGGCAGCAAAGAGUAGCCAGUCCCUUCUUGGCUCUGCUGACACUCGAGCCCACAUUCCAUCACCUGCUCACAAUCAUGCAGGUCUCCACUGCUGCCCUUGCCGUCCUCCUCUGCACCAUGGCUCUCUGCAACCAGGUCCUCUCUGCACCACUUGCUGCCGACACGCCGACCGCCUGCUGCUUCAGCUACAUCUCCCGACAGAUUCCACAGAAUUUCAUAGCUGCCUACUUUGAGACGAGCAACCAGUGCUCCAAGCCCAGUGUCAUCUUCCUAACCAAGCGAAGUCGGCAGGUCUGUGCUGACCCCAGUGAGGAGUGGGUCCAGAAAUACGUCAGUGACCUGGAGCUGAGUGCCUGAGGGGUCAAGAAGCUUCGAGGCCCAGCGACCUCGGUGGGCCCAGUGGGGAGGAGCAGGAGCCUGAGCCUUGGGAACAUCCCUGUGACCUCCACAGCUACCUCUUCUAUGGACUGGUUGUUGCCAAACAGCCACACUGUGGGACUCUUCUUAACUUAAAUUUUAAUUUAUUUAUACUAUUUAGUUUUUAUAAUUUAUUUUUGAUUUCACAGUGUGUUUGUGAUUGUUUGCUCUGAGAGUUCCCCCGUCCCCUCCGCCUUCCCUCACACUGCGUCUGGUGACAACCAAGUGGCUGUCAUCGGCCUGUGUAGGCAGUCAUGGCACCAAAGCCACCAGACUGACAAAUGUGUAUCGGAUGCUUUUGUUCAGGGCUGUGAUCGGCCUGGGGAAAUAAUAAAGAUGCUCUUUUAAAAGGUAAA